AUGCUGCGAUCUCUAGUGGCGAUUAGAGCUAGCCGGCUUGGUUUAUCAAGCCAUGCUGAACCAUGGUCUCAGAUGUCUUUAAAAGAAUUGAAAGUAGAAUGUAAAAAUAGAGGUCUGAAGGUUUCUGGUAAGAAAAUUGAAUUGGUUAGGAGACUCAAGAAUUUGAAUAUAACUAACAGUAAUGAUAGUCAUCUCCGUAUUGAUAUCGAUAGACCUAAACCACCGAGGAAUAAAUCGAAGAAACAGGUUAAGCCGAUAAAUUCCAAUGUGAAAUUAGAUAGAAAUAUUGUAUUGAACUCUCGUAUUAAUGACACUAUAACCAAAGAAAAUGAUACUACUCCAACAAUUAAUGAAUCUAAUGUCAAGACUUCACCAAUCGAGCAUGUACAAAAUCCACCUGUUGAGCAUAUGCAAGAACCGCCCGUUGAUCAUUUUGGCAAGAGCUCACCAAUCAAGGAGUCGAAAGAUAUUAUUACAACCACACGACCUUAUGCCAAUGGGUUUUCAACUGAUCAAGACAAUUAUCAAACAAAUUCACUUGCUCUUCGGGAUAAAAUCUUUCUAUUAACAUCGACCACUUGCAUUACCAUUUGGUGGUGGUGGCCCCAUAUGCCUAGUUUUAUCGAUCAAAUCUUGAAGAGUUACAAAUAUUUACAGAGUUUUCUCUAG